GAUCUGGGCCCCCGGCAGAAUCUCAUCACCUCAGGCGACGCUGUGGAGUUUGCGUACCAGACUGGUGUGCUGAGCUCUCUGGACCCCCCCAUCACCUGCGCUGUGGCGGCUGUUGCAGAAGUCGACGGCCGGCUCCUGGUAGCAGUGCCAGAUACGGCCUGGCACAAGACUCGCCGAAGGCGGCGUAUCAACCCGGACUUGCUCUCCAAGGUGAUUGGUGUGGUUGUCCCUUGCUGCAACCCUGACGGCAGGGAUACGCCAGACCCUACACCAACUACCAAGAUAUGGCUGGGGCUGCUAGCAGCAGAGGCAGAAGCACAGGUGUCCUACGACCAAGGCCAGCCGGCCCUGACUUUUCCUCUUGGAGUCGACGGACUGAUGCGGCUCCCUUUCGCUUCGGCAGUAGUGGCAGCAGCAAAGGAUCACUACACGUUCCUGUCAGCCGACAGCGGGGGAUUGGCACAACCUCCUGGUCUUGGUGGACUCGAAGAUCGGUUUGCAGCUAUCGAAGAGCAACUACACCAACUGGCCCAACAGUUUGCUCGCCCUGCCCAAGCACCUGGACAGACAAUGGGCCGGCGGCCAAAAGCUGCUGCCGCACCUGCGGCGCUGCCCGCCGGCGUAGAUCCGGCGGUGGCCCAUCAAGCUUUGCAAGCAGGCGUCUCCCCGGCCGCCUUGGCCGAGAUCGCCAAAUCUAUGGGACUGCCCGCUCCAGCUGGCUCCGCCCGACCGACAGCGGUUGUAGCGGCCGACAGCAGCGGCGCGGAGGAGUUGGAAGAGGAAGACCAAGUGGCCCAUGCGUUAAAAGCUGGCGCCGCUUCUGGGUCUGCCGACCCCAUCGCAACAGCAGUUCUGCAGCUGACCAAACUGAUGACCGACCUCCACAAGGACAAAGGCAUGAAGAAGGACCGGGAGCUGGAGCAAAUCCUGGACCGCGCCGAGUCUGGAUCGACAAAAGAUCUGACAAGUGGAGCCACGCGGAGCAAAGCUGCCGCGCUUUUGUCGCUUCGUCAACUGCUGCAAAAGAACCCAAAGCUGCUGUACACGGCCAUAGAGAGCCGGUUGCAGGAAGAUUGGGAGCAAGCCUCUAUUCAACCGGGCAUCCAGCAAUCAGUGAUAUCGGCCAGAGGCUGGAUCGAGCAUCGCAGCCACAUUCAAAACUAUGGAGCUACGGUGAGGGCUGCUUGGUGCCUACCAGGAAUAUGGGAUUGUUUGCGGACAAACCGCAUCGACGAAGCCAGGGCGAGGACAGCUCUUGCAGUAUGUCUUCUCGAUCAACAAGCCUGCGACGGUGGCAGCUUCCUUUUGGCUGGAGAGAUGACGCUGGAAAGCCCUCCUCCAUUCCAGAGUUUUGUGGGACAUGUCAGCCCGCAUCCUUGGGAACUGCCCCACAGCAAGCUGAUCGACCCGAGGUGGUUCGACCUCGUGGUGUCGAAAGUCCGCGAUCUGGCAGACUUUCACGAGAAGAAGGCAAAGCUGGGCCAAAGACAACCAGCUGCAAAGACCGAGGUUAAUGCUACUAGUUUGUGGACCUCUUUGGCCAGAUGGGUGUUGAAGUCCAAGACAUCAUUUUCGACUUUUUUGCACUCUUAUUUGCACAACGACCGAACCGAUGCGUUCGGGACAGCCGCCCAUCUAUGGCCCAUGCCUGCACCUUACAAUUGCUGGUUUUGGAGAGCCGAUGGUCAGCCAGGCAAAGUUGAGGCGACCACCGUUGCAAGGCAGAAGGCUGUGAACUUGGUGGUUCUUAUGUUGUCCUGGCUCCAUAUGAAGCGCCCUACACGGUGCCCACCGGGAUUGUCUCCUCACACCCGACUGUCUCGGAAGCAGUGGGGCAUCAUCCAGCGCUUUGAAGCUCAACUGAAGGGAGUGGAGCUGGUGGGCAUGGUGGGUCCUACGGAGAUGGGGCGCACCGCGGCCAAGAUGGAAGGCUUGGAUAGCAUUUUGCAUGAUCUUUUUGUACGGGCUUGUAGUUUGACGAAGGAUUCUUACACUGCCCAUUCACCUGACGCUCCACCUCGAGUGUCUGCAGCUGAGAGCACUGAACCGCAAGGGAGGGAUGGCUGUGCAGUCGUAGGGCGGAUGCAACAAGGCACCCCCAUGUUGGCAAAAGACAUUGAAACUGAGCGGCUGUCAUUUCCUAAGGAUUUGCCGGAGUUCAACCCGGAGAAGUUUUUUGAUGGUGUCCACAAGACAGUGUUUGUUGACCCAAUCAGCUUGGCCAUCCCCCCUGAUCAGUCAGAGGGCUUGCCGCCCCGAGUACAGGUUCGAGCCUCUCAUGAACAGGUGCUGCAACUUUUGCAUUUUUUAGAUGAGCAUCACCGCCUCCGCUUGGUGCCAAAAAGCAAGGUGCGGACUUCUCACACGUGUGGAGCAUUUGCCCUGGUAAAGGAUGAGGAGAAGGAUAGACUGAUAAUUGAUGCGCGACCAGCUAAUGAACUAGAGCAGACACUGCGAGACUGGUGUAGUACACUAGGAAGGGCACCUAGGGGGAAUCUAGCAGCUGGCAUUGUCAUCGAUGACGCCGUUUUUGCAGAGCAGAUCCCUGCGACCCAACCUGCCGAGUCUUCUGAUGGCGUGCGGCGCUUGGAUAUUCUUUGCGAAGAGUAUGUUCAGGAGGGGCUGACUGCCCAUCCCAGGAAAACCUUCCGGGGCCACACCCAGGCGGAAUUCUGGGGAGUGGCCGUUGAUGGUGAAACAGGCAUGCUGCGCACGAACCCCAAGCGCCUACUGCCGCUACUAGAGCUGACGACCAGGGUAGCAGUGCUGGGCUACGCGUCAGUCGGCCUACUAGAAGUUCUUGCAGGGAGUUGGGUGUCGGCGCUCCAAGUGCGUCGCCGCAUGUUGUGCCUGUUGGAGGAAAUCUAUGCUGCCCAGAGGGGCAGAGACCGUGAGGACAUCCUGAAGUUGUCGCCGUCCCUAGUACAAGAACUAUGGACUCUGGUCAUUCUCGGGCCUAUUUGCGUGGUGGACCUCAAGGCGCAAAGUUUGGAUGAGGUUUUCCUGUCUGAUGCCUCAGUGGAGAAGAAGGCAUCUGUGCGGGCCCCCCUUUCAAAGCACCUGGCCAAAGAAUUCCAGAGGCACUGCUUGGCACGAGGCACAUGGAGUCGCCUUCUGUCCCCCUGGCAGAGUUGGCUCCGCCAACACGAGCUCAUGAAUGAGUCUGAAGAACUUCCAGAAGGAGUUCCGCUGGUCAGUCACCCGUUGUGGCUGGUGCUAGCACAAGUUCUGCAGUUCCGGCUCCACCAUUGCAAGCAAGCGACGGGGCGCCGGCACAUCAAUCUGUUGGAGAUGGAAGCCGUGCUGGAGGUGGAACACAAGCUUGCUCAGCGGUUAUGUGACAAGAGAUACCUGCUGGGCAGUGACAGCCAGGUAGUCCUAGCGGCCCUUGUGAAAGGCCGCUCGAGCAGCCCUAGCCUGAAUCGGCUGCUACAGAGUAGCCUGGCAGUGCUGUUGGGUAGUGGUCUUUAUGGAAACUACGGAUAUGUUCCGUCACUGGCAAAUGUUGGGGAUGACCCUACGCGAGAUCAGCCAAUCCGUCUGCCUGCCAGGUCUAUGCCUCCAUGGUGGGAUGCUGCCGAGGCCGGCGACUUCACUUUGAUGGAUGAGUGGCUGGCUUCUAUAGGAUAUGACCCACUGAAACUAGCGGGCAUCCCGUGUAGCGGUAGAGAGAAGUUUGAUGUCCAGCGAGCUCAAGAGGAGCUGUUGGACCCACUUUAUGAUGUACAGAAACCAGAGCGUAUGGCAAUUUUUGCUGAUGCACUUUCUAGCGUUUCACGGCCGGGAGGUUUGGGUCUUAGCGAUCCUCCCCCCGCAGCCAUUUUUACUAGCUCGGAAGAGCUCCCAGGGGUUAGGGGCGAGUCGCCAUGCUGCCAUGAGAAUCACAGAAGCCCACUGCUGAGUGAGCGAGCACAGCAGCUGCUGCGAGCCCUGCCGGUGUGCAAGUUUUUUGCACCAGGCGGAAGACGAGCUAGGCCGGGGUUUUUGCCAAAACGAAAAGGUUUUUUAGACUUGUAUAGUGGCAAAGCUGGAGUAGCCCGGCAACUCAGUAAACAGUAUAAGGUGUGGGUAGUGACUUUUGAUUUCACCCAUGGCGCAAGCCAAAACCUCCUGGAUGAGCAAGUGCAGAAGAGCGUUUUUGAUUUGUUGGAAGCCGGUGCCUUUUUAGGGGCUGGAGCAGCACCGGAGUGCUGCAGCUUCAGCAGAGCAAUCACUCCUGCGGUGCGGGAUCACCAGCACCCAUUUGGAAAAGCUCCCUUGUCGGAGCACAUGACUCGUAAAGUUCAACAAGGCAAUGGACAUGCUGCAUUUGUUUUGAAGGUAGUUUUGUUUUGUCUGGGGCACCAACUGGUUUACUGGGUUGAGAAUCCGGAUGGAAGCUGGUUAUGGCUGCUGCCGCCCUGGGUUGAGAGCGGAAUUGCAAGAGCGGAACGAGCCUACCGCUUUGACAUGUGUCGGUAUCAGACGCCAUGGAGAAAGCGGACCCGGAUCCUCACCAACACACGUCUUGCUGGUGUUAGAGAGAUCUGCCAAGGAGGCCACUCUCACCAAGUUCUACGUGGGCGCAGCUCUUUGCACCGAUGCUGCUGGACUAAGGUGGCUCAGACAUACCCCGUGGCUCUCUCUCGCCGCCUUGCCUUUGAGAUGGGCAGGGCAGCAGGGCUGCGCCGUGACGAGGUAGGUCGCCUGGAUGUGGCCGCUUGUGCGAAGUCUUCCUCUCCUCGAAUCGGGGAAGCACAGAACCCGGGACCCCGACGAGCGCAUCGCGCUCCUGCUCUCCGGGAUCCUGGCGACCUUGAAUCAGUAGUCCUAGUGGGCCAGGGCACCCGUGCUUUGCAGCGGCGCAUUUGGGAGAAUUUUGACAGGUGGCUGCAUGACAAGUAUUCGGAAGAUACCUGCCGCCAGGUUUUUCUUUGUCCCUCACUAGCUGUGCAAGUGCUGCGAAACUAUGGGCUUCAUGUAUAUCAGCGAGGGGGUCGGCUCUAUGAGCUGCGUCAUUUACUGGUGCUGGCCCAACAGAAGUUCCCUCUGCUCAGACCUUCCAUGGCUCCGGCAUGGCAGCUAGUCAGCCAGUGGGAGGAGCUCGAGCCAGUUUGUCAUCGGCGCCCUUUGCCGGAAGCCCUGUAUAAAGCCCUGGUGUCCCUUGCUAUCUACUGGGAUUGGAAGCGUUUUGCUGGUUGCCUUAUUUUGGCAGUGGAAGGCAUUGCUCGAAUUGGCGAGGUCCUACGAGCACGACGAGCUGACUUGGUCCUCCCUACUGACCUGUUUGAUGACCGAGUCGCCUCCGUGUUCCUCAGAGUUCAGAAGCCAAAGACCCACCGCCGAGGGAAGGGGCGGGUUCAACAUGUUAAGAUCGAGGAUGCGCAGAUAGCCAGAGUCCUUCAGCAGGUUUUUGGAGACCUACAUGACUCCCUUCUCCUUUUCCCUUUGUCUGCGGCUAGUUUUCGAACAAGAUGGGAGAAACUUCUGAAUGCUUUAGAGGUCCCUUCAGCUUUUAGACCUACACCUUCAAGCGUCAGAGGUGGUGGUGCGAUUCUGGCCUACAAAAGAGGCGAAGCAAUCCCCAGCAUCCUCUGGCGGAUGAGACUGGUUUCGCAGAUGACUUUAGAGUCUUAUCUUCAGGAGCUCGCUGCCGAGAGUUUUCUAGCAAAGCUGCCGGAAACCACCAAACUUAGAAUUCGUUUUGCUGCUUCUUACUACCUCCCAGCUUUGAAGCCCACCCCCCCGGAAGCUGUCACCUUUGAGCCCUGUUUUAGGUGCAUCACCAGUGUGGACUGGGAUGCCAAGCUCCAGGCUCCAGACUUUCAUGUUCUUCUCUUUGAGAAACUAGGUGUCCAUGGACAGCAGGUCUUGGAAGUGUUUGAAGUGCUUGAUGGUCCUGACUAUGACGCUGAUGGAGGAGAAGUCAGCUUGGAGGUCUUGAAGGAUGCCUUGCAAGGUUUGCCAGACCUCAGCCCGAAGGAAGACCCGCUGGGCCUGUCCUUCGCAGGCUUCCUGGAGCCCGACUGC